UUCACCCAAUAGAGAAUGAGCUGAAAGACCCCACCCAGAUGAAGUUAAUAGUCCGGACAUCUAUCACAUUGUGUUCAUCUGUCUAUCUUGCAACCAGUUUCUUUGGAUUUCUUCUGUUUGGGGAUCACACGCUGGAUGAUGUGCUUGCCAAUUUUGAUGGUGAUCUUGGCAUCCCAUAUGGAUCAUUGCUUAAUGAUGUUGUGAGAGUGAGCUAUGGUAUCCAUCUGAUGCUUGUAUUCCCGCUUGUAUUCUUUUCCCUUCGCCUUAACCUUGAUGGCCUUCUCUACCCAUAUGCUAUUCCUAUUGCCUUUGACAACCGGAGAUUCUUCUCAGUUACAACAGCUCUCAUGGGUUUCAUUUUUCUGGGAGCAAAUUUUGUGCCUAGUAUCUGGAUGCUUUCCAGUUUACUGGUGCCACAGCUACGGUCGCUGUGGGUUUCAUUUUUCCAGCUGCCAUCACGCUUAGGGACACUUACGGAAUCGCAACAAAGAAUGACCAGCUAG